CAUGGGCACGGCCGCCGCCGCGCCGAAACGUACGCUGGUGUUCACGUACGGCACGCUGAAGCGCGGGUUCUCCAACCACCCGCUGCUGCAGGAGCUGGCUUCGAGCGGGGACGCCUCCUUCGUGGGCGCCGCCGUGACGGCGUGGCGCCUGCCGCUGGUGUGCGGGCCGUACCGCGUGCCGUUCCUCCUGAACCUCCCCGGGGAGGGGGACCGCGUGGCCGGGGAGCUGUACGCCGUGACGGCCCGGGGCCUGGCGCGGCUGGACGAGCUGGAGGGCGUCUCCCGCGCGCACUACGAGCGGCUGCCCGUCGCCGUGGACCUCGCCGAGGGCGGGGGCGCGCGGGUGGACGGCGCCGUGGCCUACUUCGCGCACCGGGACUACGCCGCCGAGCUGUGGCGGCGCAGCGGGGGGAAGGGGUACCCGGAGUACUCGCACGCCGUGGCGGACGGGUACGUGCGGCGCAAGGACCGGCCGCAGGGACAGACCUUCCUCGAGCAGAUCCGCAGCUUCGUCUCCUCCCAAUCCUAGCUGGGUUGUUGUAAUCUUUGGCUGCUGUUUGUCGCUUGCCUGUUGCCUGCAACAAAGAUCCGAUCAUCACCUCUUUUAAUUUGCAGCGAUUGAUGUCAUCAUCUCUUGCACACAAACAAAUAAAAAUCUGUAUUGGAUCCUUUCAUCUUUGUGUCGCCCGCCAGAGAUGACUUGGACAUUGGUGCCAAUAAUAGUGCUGUUGUCAUUGAA